AUGGGGAACCUGGGCCCUUCAGGUGGGGGUGGCAUAUGCAGGAAUGAAAACGAUACUUUUCUGUUCGGUUUCUCGGCGGGCUACGGGGUUGGAUCUAAUAACAUGGCGGAACUCCGUGCGAUUCAUGACGGGAUGUUGCUCUGUUUGGGUAGGGGUCUGGAUAGGGUUAUUGUUGCGUCUGAAUCUAAAUUGUUAAUUAGUAGUCUCACUUAUCACUCCAAAACUCCUUGGAAGUGGAAUCCUUGGCUGUCUAGAAUUAACCAUUUACGCCGGCUGGGAGACUUUUCUUUCGCACACAUCCUCAGAGAAGGAAACGGUGCAGCUGAUGGUUUGUCUCAGGAAGGGAGUCUCCUUCAACAGUAUAUGAUCUAUCUCCACUCCAGAUGCCUUCCUCAACCAAUCUCUUCCUCAAAAGCCCAUUAUCUGCCAAACCCAUUUCCAUCCCUUCUCCAAUCUCUCUCUAACACUCAAACAAGGAGAAAACCACUCAAUCUAAUAGAGAGAAAAAGACCCAAAAGGGGGGGAGUACUGGGAAACUGCUCUGCAAAUGCUCAAAUCGGCAUUGAUGCAUCUGUAGAAGUAGACGAGAAUGUAUUGGUGCCUGAGGAGGAUGAAGAAGGUAAGGGAGGAGAUGUUGUGGAAUAUGAUUGGAGAGAGGAAUGGUAUCCUCUGUAUUUGACAGAACAGGUCCCAGACGACUCCCCUUUGGGCCUGACCGUCUUUGACAAGCAGAUAGUGCUGUAUCGAGAUGGGAAUGGAUUGCUCUGUUGCUAUGAAGAUGGCUGCCCGCAUAGGCUAGCAAAACUCUCGGAAGGUCAGCUGAUUGAUGGGAGAUUGGAAUGUCUAAACCAUGGUUGGCAAUUUGACGAGGAUGGUAAAUGCAUAAAGAUACCUCAGCUUCCCAAGGGAGCAAGAAUUCCACACUCUGCUUGUGUCAGAACCUACGAGGUGAGGGACUCUCAAGGUGUUGUAUGGGUGUGGAUGGCUGACAAGAACAAGGCGGAUGCCAACAAGCUACCCUGGUUUGAGCACUUCGCCAGGCCUGGGUUUCAAGCUGUAUCUUCCAUCCAUGAGCUUCCAUAUGAUCACUCAAUACUCCUCGAGAAUUUAAUGGACCCCGCCCAUGUCCCAAUCUGA